ACAGCCCUUCCGGAGCCGGUGGCUGGGAGCAGCAUUGGAGGAUGAAGGACAUGGAGAUGAGCAGUGACACAGUCCACUUCUGCACAGAUGACCAGGGUGUCUUCCUGAACCCCCAAGGGGCAGACUCCAUGGCAGUGGCUCCUGCAGCCCUCAGGAUUCCAAGGCACCUUCAGGCCACCUUGGCAUUCGUGGCCGUGGCUGUGGUCUCUUCUCUCGUGGCCCUCAUUGUGGUGGAUCACUGCAUCUUUGGAGAGAUAGACGAAGUAAAAGAGGCUUUUCAGGUGUUUAAAAGCCACGUGGAGAAUCGCAGCACCUCACAAAGGGAGAUCCAGAUGUUGGUGUGCCAAGUGAAUGACGUCAGAUCUCAGCUGCAGGUGCUCUGCGGCGACUACCCAGGAAACACCAGCACUGACGUGCAGAUGAUGAAAGACUCCCUGUGGGUCACCAGCCUGGACAACACCAGUGCUGAGAUCCAGGUCCUGCGAGGCCACGUGGAAGGGGCUGCCAGUGACAUCCACUUGUUGAAAGGAGAAUUGAACACUGUCACUGCCGAGACCCAGCUAGCAACUGGCCAUUUAGGUCAGAUAGAUGCUCAGCUCCAAGUGCUGAAGGCACAACUGGAAGAUGUCAACAGCUUAAAUUACCAGAUGCAGGUGUUAGGUGGUCAACUGGACAAUGCCAGCAGAGAGAUAGAGACUUUAAGACAAGGGAUGCAGGCUGCUGAGGCCCUGGGCUCCAAGACCCAAGCAUUAGAGAGUGGCCUGAAGCAGGUCAGUGCCGAGAUCCAGAGGUUAAGAGGGGACUUAGAGAGCACCAGAGCUCUCACUGGGGGCCUCGCAGAGCAGCAGAGUCGCCUGGAGACCCUCAGUGCCGCAGUUGCUUCCCAGGAACGGCUACAGAAGAACCAAACUCAACUUCUCCAGCUGUUCCUGCAAGGCUGGAGGUUGGACAGGGGCAACUUGUACUACUUCUCUCAUGUCAAGAAGUCCUGGCACGAGUCUGAGCAGUUCUGUGCAUCCCGCGGAGCCCACCUGGCAUCGGUGACCUCUGAGGAGGAGCAGGCAUUCCUGGGGCAGUUCACAAGCAACCUUUACCACUGGAUUGGCCUCACUGACAGCGACGUGGAGGGCUCCUGGCGCUGGACAGAUGGGACACCAUUCAGCAGCUCCCAGAGCACAGCGUUUUGGGACAAGAACCAGCCAGACAACUGGCGACACAGCAAUGGGCAGGCUGAAGACUGUGUCCAGAUGCAGCAGAAGUGGAAUGACAUGGACUGUGGUGCCUCCUUUCACUGGGUCUGCAAAAAGCCCAUGGGCCAGAACAUGGCCUAAGGGCGGGCAGAGCUGAGGGUCCACUCUCGGUCGCCAGCGUGGGACCCUCCUCCUCUGUGAACUCUCCUGAGCUUCUGAACUCAGCCUGCCCUCUGGGGCCUUCCACUGGCCUUCUGCACUUCCUGCCUCUGCCUGCUGUUUAACCCCUUCAGACCUGUGUACCGCAUGGGACCCCGUGGGAUCAAUGAAGAGCUUUCCUGGGCCUCUGUAUCCCCUCAGACCAGCACAGGCCUGCAGUCAGUGGGUCCUCAAUAAAGACU